AUGCGGCAGUCCGAUAUACUCAAGGCUGCCUGCCUACUGCCGGCGCUGAUCUUGGCCCAAUGUCCAGAAUACGUCGACUAUGCGAAGGAGAUCCACGAGCCUUUGAGCUCCGGAAAAUACCAGCUAGCAUAUCAGCGCCCUACACUGGAGUGUCGAACAUUCAAGAGCCAGGGAUUGGAAGACACCGUCGCACAUUUCGAGACGGUCAUAAAAGAUCCUGAUUUAUACCGACUCUUCCAGAACGCGUACCCCAAUACACUGGACACGGCUAUCCGGUGGAAGGGAGUUGCGGCGGACAAUGCAGAGGAAGAGCUUACCUUCGUCAUCACGGGCGAUAUAAAUGCGAUGUGGCUCCGAGAUUCGUCGAACCAAAUGCAAAGCUAUCUGCCGCUUCUGAACGCCAGCAGUGAUCCGAACUCGAUUGCAAGCCUGUACCGCGGUGUCAUCAACCUCCAGGCUCGCUACCUUCUUACUUCGCCUUACUGUAAUUCCUUCCAGCCGCCUGUGGAAAGUGGUAUCGAUGUCGCCUUGAAUGACGCCGCGAGUGACGACACGGUCUUCCCAACGUACUCCAACCAAUCAGUGUUUGAGUGCAAGUACGAGCUCGAUUCACUUGGAGCCUUCCUACAAAUCUCCACGGACUACUACAGGGCGACGGGCGACUACGAGUUCUUUGGGAAGUUCAAAUGGAUAUCAGCUAUCGAAGCGGCCCUGAAAGUGGCACACGACAUGAUGCAGCCUACAUAUGGUCCGGAAGGAGAAGUCCUAGAAAGUCCGUAUACCUUUACGCGUCUGACAACACGUGCCACCGAGACUUUUUCAAAUGAUGGCAUUGGCAAUCCUGUUGCCAAUGGUACUGGUCUCAUCAGAAGUGGCUUUCGACCCAGCGACGACUCGACAAUCUUCCAGCUAUACAUUCCAGCGAACAUGAUGUUCAGUGCUUAUCUAAACUCCACAUCCGAGAUCAUGGCAAAGCUGAACGCGGGCAACUCAGCAUCGCUCGCCCAACAAAUGUCCGAUUUGUCAAAUUCACUCCGCGACGCUAUCGAGACCCACGGCACGGUCAACCAUCCCACCUACGGCAAGGUCUACGCCUUCGAAGUCGACGGCUUUGGUUCGACUGCCAUUAUGGACGAUGCCAACAUUCCUGGCUUGCUCUCCGCGCCCUUUGUCGGAUAUCGCAUUGACGAGCAGACCUACUCCAACACACGAAACCUGAUCCUAAGCGCCACCAAUCCCUACUACAUGCGUGGGCCUGUCAUCAACGCCAUCGGUGGGCCGCAUCAAGGUCCCGGCAUGGCAUGGCCGAUGGCAUCCAUCGUCCGUAUUUUGACAAGUGACAACGAUGAUGAGAUCACCAACGAGCUGAGGCAGAUUGUCAGUAGCACUGACGGAUUAGGGUUGAUCCACGAGAGCAUUAACACCUUCAACCAGAGUGACUGGACGAGGCAGUGGUUCUCGUGGGCCAAUGGCCUUUUUGGACAAAUGAUUCUGGACUUGGAGGACCGAAAACCAGGCAUCUUGGGAACCAGUUUUCAGUGA